AUGGCCCCCCUUCAGACACUUCUAACCCUCUGCCUGGGUCUCUCAACCGCCCUCGCAGUCCCUUCUCCCUCUCCAGACAACGUCAACAUCAACAUCAACAACAACCACAACAACAAACCCAUCAACCAACGCACCGCCCAAGAAAUCAUCACCCACCUCAACCUCAUCCCCAACGCCGAAAAAGGCUACUACGUCGAAUCCUUCCGCGACCUCACCACCAACGUAACCACCACCAACACGCCCACCCCCAUCACCCCGCGCGCAGCCAGCACAGCCAUCUACUACCUCCUCGAAGGCCGCGACGGCCACUCCAACUGGCACCGCGUGACGGAUGCCGCCGAGGUGUGGCAUUACUAUGCGGGUGCGCCGCUGACGCUGGAGCUGGCGUUGGAUGAUGGCAGUCCUGUGAGGGAGGUCGUGCUCGGGCCGGAUUUGUUUGCGGGGGAUGGGACGACCCAGAGGCCGCAGGCGGUGGUCGCGAAGGGAGAGUGGCAGCGGGCGAGGAGUUGGGGGGCGUGGACUUUGGUUGGGACGACUGUUGCCCCUGGUUUUGAUCCGAACGGCGGGUUCGAGCUGGCAGACCCCGGCUGGGUGCCGAAUGCGUAG